AUGGCAUCUCAUAUGUAUUAUAUAGUCCCCAAGGUUUCCUUCAAGAAAAACCCUUCCCGGGACUCCAUUGAUACUCCACUGGUGGUGACAAAGUUCUACCAGCACAUCCUUGCUUUGGUGUUUGCUGUUGAUGAGAUCAACGAGAAUCCCAGGAUGUUGCCCAAUGUCUCUCUCGGGUUCCACAUCUAUGACAGCUAUUAUGAUUCCAAGAUGACCUACCGAAACACUCUGGACCUGAUCUUUAAAUCACAUCACUUUGUUCCCAACUACAGGUGUGGCAUCCACAAAAACGUAAUAGGAGUCAUUGGGGGACUUAGCUCUGAUACUUCCUGGUGCAUGGCAAAUGUUUUAGGUCUUUUCAAGAUUCCACAGAUUUCAUAUGGUUUAUUUGAACCCGCCAUAAAUGAUGGAACCAAGUUCCCUUCCUUUUACCGCAUGGUCCCCAAUGAAGACCUUCAGUAUCGCGGAAUUAUCCUGUUACUUCUGCAUUUCGGAUGGAAAUGGGUUGGGCUCAUCACUCCAGCUAACGAAGCGGGGGAACGUUUCUUACAGACAAUUGAAAAAAUGUUUUUCCGGAAUGGAAUCUGUUCGGCAUUCACAGAAAGAGUGGAAUUCAAUAUAAAUUAUAACAGUAACAAACUAGAAAUGAUAGACAAAAGGCUCCACUCAUUCCUGCAGAGAAUCUCAUUCAACAACAGUGCUGAGGAUGAAAUUACAUUAAAUGAAAAUGGAGAGUUAGCAGCUGGCUUUGAUAUUACCAACUUGGUCACUUUCCCAAAUAGAUCAUACAUCAGAGUCAAAGUGGGAAGGCUGGAUCCUCAGGCCCCUCCUGGCAAAGAGCUCACCAUUAAUGAAGAUGGAAUCAAAUGGCACAGAGUCUUCACUCAGUUUUGCUGCUAUGAUUGUGAUCCAUGUCCAGAAGGAAUGAUCUCAAAUGAGAAAGACAUGGAAACAUGUGUCAGUUGCCCAGCAGAUCAAUAUUCCAACAGCGGCCAGUAUCUAUGCAUUCCUAAGAUACCAAACUUCCUAUCCUUUGAUGAAACCCUGGCCAUUGUUUCAACUUCCUCUGCACUUCUAUUCUCUCUGAUCACAAUUCUGGUGCUUGGCAUCUUCAUUAAGCAUUGUGAUACAGCCAUAGUCAAAGCCAACAACCGAAGCCUCACCUACGGUCUCCUUAUCUCCCUCCUCUUGUCCUUCCUCUCUUCUGUGUUGUUCAUCGGAAAACCUAAUAAGGUGACCUGCCUUCUCCGGCAAACUGCUUUCGGCAUCGUCUUCUCUGUGGCCCUCUCCAGCAUCUUAGCCAAAACUGUACUGGUGGUUUUGGCAUUCAUGGCUACUAAACCAGGAACCAAUAUGAGGAAAUGGGUAGGCAAAGAACUGGCUUAUUCCAUUGUCUUUUCCUGCUCCAUUGUUCAAGUUGGGAUCUGUGUUCUCUGGCUGGCAACCUCUCCCCCAUUCCCAGAUGUGGACAUGCACUCAAUGACAGAAGAAAUCAUAUUUCUUUGUAAUGAAGGGUCAGUCCUCAUGUUCUAUUGUGUUUUGGGCUACAUGGGCUUCCUGGCCACUGUCAGCUUCACGGUGGCCUUCCUAGCCAGGAAGUUGCCUGACACUUUCAACGAAGCCAAGUUCAUCACCUUCAGCAUGCUGGUCUUCUGCAGCGUUUGGCUCUCCUUCAUUCCAACCUACCUGAGCACCAGAGGAAAAUACAUGGUGGCUGUGGAGAUCUUCUCCAUCUUUGCUUCUGGUGCUGGGUUACUGGCUUGCAUUUUCACACCGAAAUGCUACAUUAUUGUGGUGAGGCCUGACCUGAACAACAAAGAGCAGUUAACACAAAGAAAGGUAUAA